AUGGCGGGACCUGCCCCGGGUAUGAACGUUCCACCGGCACAACCCGUAAAUGUGGAAGAAGAUGAACUUACCAAACCAUACAAGCCGGUAGACGCAACGUUCCGAUCCAAAUUCACUCGUAGGAUCGCCGAAGCUCCUAUUAAGGAAAAACCCAAAAUGCCCCAAACGGUCGGCAAGUACGAUGGUCUCACCGAUCCCGACGACCAUCUCAAUUUAUUUAAGAGCGCCGGUGAAGUGGCCUGCUGGCCCAUGCCCCUAUGGUGCAAAAUGUUCGUACAAACUCUAGUGGGAGCGGCACGAGUCUGGUGGGACAGCCUGCCCACAGGCGAGAUAGACAGCUUUGAAGAUUUGGAAUCAAAGUUUAUCCUACAGUUUAGUCAGCAGCGCCGACAUACGAAAGAUAGAAACAAACUCCUUCAUAUUCGUCGUCGAGACAAUGAGACGGUAGAAAACUUUAUCAUGAGAUUCAACAAAGAAAGCCUGGCGAUCCCAGGCGUCACCAACGAUCUGGCGUGUGGAGCGUUCCUCCAAGGAGUCAACGAUGAUGAGCUAUUAAGAACGCUGCAUGGAAGGGAUGGUGUACCCCCAACCAUAGAUGAAAUACUGCGAAUAGCCAAAGUAUAUGUUUUACAAGAAAAAGCGGUAGCAGCCAGUCACGCAGCCAAUAGAAAGAAAGAAGCCCUAAAAAAUCAGGAGGAAAAAGAUCACCGGGGAUCCAAAAGCAAACAUAGGGGGGACCGACACCAGAGAAACGACAAAGACUCGCGAUACGACAGACACCGAAACUCCUAUUCGAGGAACGAGACGUCGAAACCUCGGUCUGAAUAUCCCAACUUAAGCAAGACCCCGGCUGAAAUUCUUGCCUCAGAAAACCUCAGGCUUAAUCCACCAAAGCCGUUGAAAGACAACCCUAACAAGGAUACGAGUAAAUACUACGAGUACCACAAGGGGAGCGGGCAUGACACCAACGACUGUUUUCAGCUUAAAAAGCAGAUCGAAUACUUCGUGAAGUCGGGUAAGUUGGCACACCUAGUGCGAGACAUCAAGCAAGGCCCGCCUGUGGUCAAGGAGGAGAAUGAUAAAGCGGCAGGCAAAAGGCCGCGUGAAUUGAACAUGGUGCACGCCGACACGGGAAGGGGGAAAAGCGGAGUUUCUCCACGCUCGAGCCUUGGAUGUUGGCAACAAUGA